GUGUUACUUAAAAACGAAGUUGCAGUACAGAGAGAGAGAGAGAGAGAGUAUUCGUGAAGAAAAUGGCCAUCUCUGUCUCUAACAAUUCCUACACGGAGGAGUCUCAAACUCCGCUAUUGGAAGGCACGGUGGCCGGAGCUGUUGACUACAAAGGCAACCCUGUCCUCAGAGCCAACUCCGGCGGUUGGAGGUCCGCUUCUUUCAUGCUAGGUGUGGAAGUGGCGGAGAGGUUUACAUACUUUGGAAUAAGCUGCAAUCUAAUAACGUAUUUGACGGAGCAACUAGGACAGUCCACGGUGACUGCAGCGGAGAACGUGAAUGCGUGGUCUGGGACCGCGCAGUUGCUGCCUUUAUUGGGUGCCUCUAUCGCUGAUUCUUUUCUUGGUCGCUACCGCACCAUAGUUAUUUCUACUCUUAUCUACAUCCUGGGACUAGGCUUGUUGACCCUAUCAGCUGUGCUUCCAUCUCUCGCUGAUUACGUUGACACCAACAAAUCCAUGUCAUGUUGUCCUAAGCUUAUAGUGAUUUUAUUCUUCUUCUCUCUAUAUCUAGUAGCAGUUGGGCAAGGAGGACACAAGCCCUGCAUUCAGGCUUUUGGAGCUGAUCAAUUUGAUGGAGAAGAUCCAAAGGAGCGGAAUGCCAAAAGCUCAUUCUUUAAUUGGUGGUUUCUUGGUGUAUGUGGGAGUGCCGCGGUAACAGUUUUGGCCUUAAGUUAUAUACAAGACAACCUUAGCUGGGGCCUUGGAUUCGGAAUCCCUUGCAUUUUGAUGAUAAUUGCACUGGUUAUCUUCUUGCUUGGAACUAGGACUUACAGGUACUGUAUCAAAAGGGAUGAGACAAGCCCAUUUGUGAGAAUUGGUGGAGUAUUUGUUGCCGCAGUUAGGAAUUGUCACACUACCCCUUCGACAAUAGCUAUUGAAGAGGAAGCUUGUGGAGCGUCACACCACAGCUCUGAACAAUUCAAGUUUCUUAAUAAAGCCUUGCUGUCUCCAGACCAUCAUAAAGAAGAAGGUAAGGUUUAUACUAUUAGUGAGGUUGAAGAAGCAAAGGCAGUUCUUAGGCUUUUUCCAAUAUGGGCUACAAACUUGGUAUACGCAAUAGUAUAUGCACAGGCCUCAACUUUUUUUACCAAACAAGGGGCUACCCUAGACAGAACACUUUUUCCAGGCUUUAAGAUACCAGCAGCUUCAUUACAGUUCUUUAUUGGCCUAGCCAUUGUUCUUUUCAUUCCUUUAUAUGACCGUAUUUUUGUACCUAUAGCAAGAACUUUCACCACUAAACCCUCUGGCAUCACAAUGCUACAGAGAGUUGGAAUUGGGAUGCUUUUAUCUGCUGCUUGCAUGGUAGUUGCGGCUCUAGUUGAAAUAAAAAGGCUUAAUACUGCUAAAGAACUUGGGUUGGUUGAUAGGCCAAAUGUGACUAUUCCAAUGAGUGUGUGGUGGUUGGUUCCUCAAUAUGUCUUGUCAGGAAUUGCCGAUGUUUUCACCUUGGUUGGUUUGCAAGAGUUCUUCUAUGAUCAGGUCCCAAGUGAAUUAAGGAGUGUGGGUAUUGCUCUUUACCAAAGUAUUCUCGGUUUGGGCAGCUUAUUAAGCAGCCUCCUUGUCUCAGUCAUUGAGGAAGCCACUGGUGGUUAUGGUAGAUAUAGUUGGUUUUCUAAUAAUCUUAAUAGGGCACAUCUUGAUUACUUUUACUGGCUACUUGCUGGACUCAGUGUAGUAGCAUUUGCUGCGUACUUGUAUUUUGCAAAAUCUUACAUUUAUAAGAGGCCAAGCACAAUGUAAAUAUAGUAUCAUUGCAAGUGAAGUUGUUGUAGCCAAAUAUAUGGAUGGGGAAGUACAUAAAAAUGCAGAUUUUAUCUCAUGAA